AUGAUGAAGAUUAUCGGAAGUGUUAACGCAGAAGGUGUUCUCAUGGAUAGUGUACAGCCAGAUUCGGUGCUUUGGAGGUCUCACGGUGGAACAAAACCGCUUAAUCGUCCCCUUUGUGAUUAUAACGGAAGAGGCUGUCCAUUGUCUUUUGCUGAGCAGUACCUUGCUAUCACUUUGGCGUCCGUAGCUGCAGGUGUCCUGCUGAUAAUCGUUGUCAGUGCUGCUAUAGCCUAUGUGAUUAGGUGA